AUGGCUCAGAAACCCAGGCCUCGCUGUCCCCCACUGCCCCUGCUGCUGCUGCUGCUGCUGUCGCUCCUGCCCUGUUCAGGCCCGACUCCCUCCGGCCUCCUCUCCCGCCGGCAGUUCUCUUCCUUCUUGGCCAACAUCUCCUCCAUCCUGGAGAACCCGGAGGCCCGGGCCCCGGAGGGGACGCCGGGGUCCCCCGACCCCACGGCGGCCGCCACGCUGAGGCUCCCACGACUUCCUGACUGGUCCUGCGGGGGCAGCCGGGACUGGGAACCGCUGCUGGGCCUGCUGCGGAUAUCCUGGCCCUGGGGGCCGCCCCGACCCCCUUGCGCCCGAGCCGGACCCCCCGACUGCGGCCUAGCGGCCGACUGGCUUCCCCCGGUGUUGCAGCUGCUGCGGGGGCCCCCCCGCCGGCUCCCUCCCGUCUUGGGAGGAGCCGCCCCCCCGCCCUCCUGCGGGUCUCUCCGCCUGCUCCCCGUCCUCGGGGGGCCGGGCCCCGACGGGAGGCUGCUAGCCGGGCUGCUGAGCUCCAUGCGCUCCCCCUUCCAGUCAGCCGUCCGCGGGGGGCUGCUGCGCCUCUCGGCCUCCCUGCGGGACGAGGUGUCCGCCCUCCUGGGAAGGCCGCGGCCCAACGCCGACGGCCGGUGCCCGGGAGCGAAACCUCCGCUCCCGGCCCCGCCGGGAUUCUCCACUUCACUUUCCUCCUGUACUGCCAACCCACCAACCGUUCCACCCGUCCGCCCCGGCCUGGCGGCCGCCUGCGGGCCGCCGCCAGCUACCUGGCCUCCUUGGAGGAGGGGCCCAGGCUGGCUGUGGCUUGCCACGACCACCAUCCGCUCUCUUCGAGCGGACAGUCUGCAGGAACCCGCUCCCUGCUGCGCUGCCCGGCCCAACCGCGGCCUGGUCGGCUGGCUCUGUGGCGGCUCGGCCCCUGCCCGCUGCCCCUCGGGCCUCCCCCCGGCCCCCCUCACCCCAGGGGCCUUCUGGGGUUGCUUCCUGGUAAACCGCACCCUGUGGGCCGAGCGGCUCUGCGGCGAGGGCGGGCUCCGGGCCGUGCCCCCCGACCGCCGGGCCUGGGUGCGCCGCGUGUGCCCCGGGUUCCCUCUGGGCCCCGGAGGCUCCUCCCGGCCUCCGGCCGAGCCCUGCGGGCACCCUGAGGAGCCCUGCCUGGACGGGGGUGGCUUCCGGGAGCUGGCCUGCGCCAACGCCACCCUGUACGAGGCUCUGCUGCCCAGCCGGCCCUGGCUGGAGGGGCAGUGUGCGGGCAGCGCCCGUGUCCGCGGCCGGGGAUGCCCCCUGCACGAGCUGCUGGGCCCGCUGCUGCCCCCUCUGCCGCCGCCACCUUCCCACCCACUGGAGCCCUCCCCUCUCUGCCUGGCACCGGUCCCCUUCCUGCUGGGCCUGCUGACCCGGCUGCCCCGCUGCCAGGCCGCAGCUCCCGCCCGCCCUGCCCGCCUGCACUACCUGCUGCGCCUGCUGUCCUUUCUCCUGGGCCCCGAGGCGGGGAGCGGGGAGGCCCGGGGGCCCCUGGGCCAGGCCCUGCUGCUGUCCGGCCUGCCGGACAACCGCUCCUACUGGGGCUCCUUCCCCCCGGGGGCGGGGCUCAGCGUGCUGCGGACUGUCGGGGAAUACUUGACUCGGGAGAAGAGGCCACCCGGCCCCAACUCUGACCCCACCUCCCACCCUGGCCCCGGCAAGAGGGAGCUGCUGGCCUGCUACAGUCCGGUGCUGUGGGACCUGAUCCGGGGAGCCGAGAACGACCCGGCCCUACAGAUACUGGUGGAGGAGUACCUGCAGAUGCCUCCGGAGAGCCUGCAACGGUUGGUCCUUUCGGCCGAGAGCGAGGCCGUGCGGGGAUUUCUGGACAGCCUGCGCCGUGCCUGGCCUCAGCUGCAGGUGCCCCCGGAGGAGGAGAGGGCGCUGGGCCGACUCACGGCCUUGCUGCUGCAGCGGGUGCCCCGUCUCACGCCCCAGCUGUUCGUCGACCUGUCGCCCUUCGUCCCUUUCAUGGCUGUCACCGACCUGCUGCGCUUGCCCCCUGCCCUGCUGGUGAACGGCAGCGUCCUGGCUGCCAUCCGUGCCCACAGCCCCGGCCUGAGCCCCGAGCAGAAGGAGGCCCUGGCCCGGCGACUGCUGGACCCCGAGGUGUUUGGGGCGGUGCCCGCCUGGCCCCGGGAACUGCUGUGGUCCGUGCUGCCCCUGCUGCCCCACCUGCCCCUGGAACACUUCCUGCAGCUCAGCCCCACCCAGAUCCAGGCUCUGGGGGACAGUUGGCCCGCGGUGGGGCUGGGGCCAGGCCAAGCCCGUCAUGUGCUGCGCAGCCUCGUAAACCAGAGCGGCCCGGAUGGUGAGGAACAGGUACGCAGGCUGGGGCCCCUCGCCUGCUUCCUGAGCCCCGAGGAUCUGCAGAGCUUGGCACCCCUGAGGGACCCGGCAGGGCCAGUGGAGCGGGGCCUCCUCCAGUGUGCUGCCAACGGAACCCUCAGCCCCCAGGGCCGUGUGGCGUACGAGCUGCUGAGGGUGCUGCCCGGCGCCAGCGGGGCGGCCCUGAGCCCCCGAGAGUUGCAGGCCUGGGCCCCGCUCCUCCCCCAGCUCCGCCUCAGCUUCUGGCAGGCCCUAGCCGAGCCCCAGCUCCGAGCCAUUCUCCCUGCCCUGCGAGACGCCAGCCUCACCCCUGCCCAGGCCACCCUGUUGUUGGAACGGCUCCUCCGGGAGGAAAAUGUGACCGAGGAGGACCUCUGCUCCCUGCGGCCGCUGCUGCACGGCCUCGGCCCCCAGACCCUCCGGGUCAUCCCUGGAUCCCUCCUUGCCAGGGCCUGUCACUGUCUGAUGCCCGCGCUGGCCCAGCUCUCGCCCCCACAGAUGGCGGCGCUGCUGCAGGCCCUCCGGGCCUCCCUGCCGCCUCUCCAGAGGCCGCGUCCCGCCGUCUGGCCCGACUGCCUCAUGCCCUUGCUGCCUCUGAAGCUGCUGCAGCGAGAGGCUCCGGCCCUGCUGGCCGACCGCAGCCGCUCCCGCAGGCUGCUCUGGUCCGAGCAGCAGGCCCAGUUUCUCUGGAGAAAGAUCCCAGCCUCCACCAAUCUGACCCUCAGGAGCCUGCGGGCUCUGGGCACGCUGGCGGGAGGAGUGUCCUGUGAGUCCCUGCAGCAGCUGGGUUGGACGACGGACUUCCUGGAGGCAAUGGGCAUCAUUUACCAGCUGCCCACCCGAGUGCGAGGAAGCCUGAGGGCCUGUGUCUGGGAAGAGCUGCAGCGGAGGCUGGAUGUGCCCGGGCCGGAACUGGGGAGCCUGAGCCCGGAGAUGCUGCUUGACUUACCAGCCCGGAUGAUGGACAGCCUGUCCAACGAGUCCAUCCUGCGGGUGUUGGAGCUGGUGCGGCGUGAGCCCGAGCGGCCGUUGACCCUGCCUCCCCACCGCCGGGCGGCUUUGGCAGAGCGGGCACUGCGCGGCCUGGUCCCGCCGGAUGGCCCGCUCUCGGAGGAAGUGCUGGGGGCUCUGGGGCCCCUGGCUGGCUUCCUAGGGACAGAGAGUGCUGGCCGCAUCCCUCCUCAGGCCCUCCUGCCCCUGCUCGGCCAGCUGCGGCGCUCCUGCCUGGGAGGGGCUUUUACCACGAAGCUGGGUCAGCUGCUGCUCCAGGAGCCUGCACUGGGGAGACCCGAGCUGUGGGGCCAAGAGGAGGUGGAACGAGCCGGGCGCCUGGUGCUGUUGCUGCCCCCUGAAGCCAUCCACCAGCUGCCAAAGGAAGCCCUGAUCCCUGAGACUCUGGAACAGAUCUUGGAGCAGCAGCGGUCCUGGGAGCAGAGCCGGGCCGGGCAGCUAUGCCAGGGGGUAGAGGUCACUCCUGGAAAAGUCGCCCUGAUGGCGGGGACUGUGCAAGCUGGAUCUGGGGGCCUUCCAGGGCCCGUGCCCAGCUGUGCCGAUGUGCGGGGGACCUUUCCAGCUGCUUGGUCAGCAGCCCAGAUUGCGGGGAUGGAGUCCCCCGACUUUGAGGACUGCCUGGCGCUGUUUGCCGGGGAUCCCGGGCUCCGGCCUGAGCAGCUGCGAGUGGCCAUGGACAAGGCCAAGCAGGUGUGGGGUCCCCCCCGGGGACUCCGCCGAGAGCAGACCCUGCAGCUGGGCCGACUCCUGCUGGGACUGGGGGAGCGGGAGCUUCAGGACCUGGUGCUGACUGACUGGGGGGUCCUGGGCAGCCUGGGGCAGCUGGAUGGCUGGACCCCAAAGCAGCUCCGGACCGUGGCUUCCAGCUUCCUGCGACAGAGUGGUCGGCCCCUGGGCAGCCUGGACCUCACUCACCUGACAGCCUUGGGUCAUGCCCUCUGUGGGCUGAAGCCAGAGCAGAUAAAGCACAUACGCAGCCGUGAAUUCAGCCAGGCAGUGUUCUUCCUGGGCUCCCUGCCUCUCCGGUGCUCGGAGGAGCAACUGGAGGCCCUGGCUCAGCUCCUCGUCUUGCCUGGGGGGUUUGGGCCGGUGAGCGCUUGGCAGCCUGAGAUCUUCACUGAGAUUGGCACCCUGGCAGCGGGGCUCCCAGACCUGGCACUGUCAGCGCUGCUGCGAAGGCAACUCCGGGGCCUCACCCCCCAGGCCAUCGCCCUCAUCCCGCCCCCCAAAUUAACUGUGGUGUUCAGCCCAGCCCAGCUGUUUGGCCUCACCAGCGCCCAGGCCGCGGCGGUCACCCCAGAGCAAGCCACCUCUCUGACCCCUGAGCAACGGCGAGCAAUUACUCAAGCCCAGCAGGAAGGCCAGGAAGCGCCUGAGCAACAGGGUCGAAGUGCAGCCAGUAUGCCUCCCGCGUGGUCGCCGUCCCCGUGGGUCCUCGCCCUGACCAUCGGUCUGCUUGGUUUCGGGGCCGAGACUGGGGAAGGGGUCCUGGGGGGCCCUGGGGGAGGGAGCUCUGGGAACGGGGAAUAAAGGUCAAAUA